AUGGCGCCUCCUGUUAUAUACAAAACCCCUGCAGCUAAACUACAAGCUGAGAGGGCCAAGCGCCGUCGCUACCAUGAGAAGCACCGUGAUGCUAUUCUAGCGAGACGGAGGCAGUUACGCAAAGAUAGGAACACCCGCCGCGAUGAUGAGGACCAUUCAGACGACAACAACCAAGAAUCAAUCGACACACUGCCUGAUUGUAUCGCCAUGGUUAAACUUGCCAAGGAUGAUUUCAUGCAACACAUCAAAUCCCCACAAACAUUCGUCGUUGGUGUCUUAGCAAAAUACACGAAGUCCAUCCCAGACACUCCUGGACUGCACGGAGAUAGAGAAAUCCCCACAUGCGCUAUGUCAAGCAUCGAGGAUUUCCUUCACAGGGCCAGUCGAGGGCAAGAUGGUAUUCUACGACUGUGUGGAAUUAGUGAUGAGUGGCGAGCCGCAGACCAGGUGUGUCGGUGCAUGAGGGACACCAUUGCUAUGGUGGAAGAUAUUUAUUGUGUUACACUCGGUGACAGAGAUUCUGGGUUGGCAGAAGCUCAUUUCCUGGGAGUGUUGCUAUACCAGAACUACAAAGGCUAA